UCAGGGUAUGCAUGAACCCAGGUAAACUCGCAGUGAUAAUAGACAUGUAUAUAUAUGCAUACCUUUAUGACAACCUGGCCAGUCAUUGAAUGGGGAUUAUAAUGAAGAUAUACAUGUGAUUAAUUUAUACUCCGUCGAGUGUGUGUAAAUAACAAACGUCGAGGAUGGCAAAUUAUCUGUAUGUGUUUACAGUGUUACUUUUGAGUUUAUGUGAACUACAGGCAAAGUCAUGUGACAAAAAGACGUCCUGUUCGUGUAAGUCUAGUGAUGGGGUAUUGGAUCUCAAGCCAGGGGCAAUAAAAGGAACAAAAUUCCAAGACGUCGCAGCAUCAGACGGAAGUCUCUACUCCUAUAAUCCAUGUUACAGCUUUGACGAAACAGACCCAAGUUUGCCGCCACAGUUUGACAACUGUAAAUCCGUAGCGGCGUGUCAGCUUGUUCCCGCUGGAGUUGCAGGUACACCUCAACUGUACGACAUAGGCACCCAGGCCAGCGCAUCGUUCAGCUACAAGGACGGAGCGUCCCUAGACCAGCCAAAACUCGGAGAGGUCCUCACAGUUACCUACCUGGCAGCGGACAACGCAAGGUCGACGACUGUUAUUCUUCAAUGUGACCCAACAGAAGGCUUCCUUCCUGUUGGCGAAAUACAGAGUUCCACCCUACCAGUAUACGUUUUUGUAUAUUCCUCCCCUAAUGCCUGUUUCAAGCCUUCAGGAUUAAUCGCAGGAAACGUUUUUCUAAUAAUAUUUAUAUGUUUAAUUGCCGUGUACCUGAUAGGAGGGAUAGUAUUUAACAAACUAAAAAGGGGAAACAGUGGUAAGGACUUAAUACCACAGCGUCAACUCUGGGUCUCCGUCCCGGGUAUGAUCAAGGAUGGCGUUUUCUUCGUGGUGAAUAGAGGACAAUAUCACCCAAUCAAAUGAUGCUGUGUAAACAUGUUAUUUCUUUGUCAACGAUUCCAAGAAAGUGUGCAACUGAGAGGGAAAAAAACUACAGGAAAAGGAUCGAUUUAAAGGAGGAAGUAAUUGUUCUUCCUCUAAGGGAGAUAACUCGUGCAUGACUAUUUUCUGUAUAACUUGCCUUAGACCAAAAACUAACUUUGUUUGUUUUUAUUUGUUUUAUGUGUUUUAUUUGGAAUGAGAAAAGAGUAAGCUACAAUGGGUGACACACGUUUCAAAUGUGACAUUCUAUUAAACCAUGCUUAAAGUUUUGCACAUUUAAAAGAUAAAAUUGUCAAAAUCGUUCAUGCCCAGGGGCGUAGGAAACCCGGGGCCUGCCAGGAAUUUUGCACCAAUUUUGAAAUCUCGAGGGUGGAAUUUCACUAUCUUACACUCUUGAUCCGGAAAGAUUAUUUUUUCUCUAAAGAAUGAUUGGUACUUUAAACUUGUUCCACUACUUAUUUCUGUCUUUUGUCUAUUAUACCUAAUCGAAUCCUAUCCUUAGUAUGAUUUCCAGUGAUUAAAUGAUGA